AUGGAUGCACGCCCACAGGAUGCUUCAUUGGACAUUACAGUGCCUGAGGAGGAGGAAGCUGCUAAGGGGGCAGAUUCAGAGGAGGAGCAGCAAAUGUCAGUUUGCCUGAGUGACAGAAGUGUACUUCUUGGAAGAAAGAAGAGGAUUUCCAAGUCAAGAGUGAUUUAUUCCCCUUCAUCCACGAGAGGGAGCAGGAAGACCAAAGCUGCAGGGAAGAAGAAGAGAAAAUCAUGUCAGGCUGCUGAGCUGGUGCAAGUGCCGGUCCUUGAAAGCGGUGAGCAAGCUGGCACCUCGCAGACUACGCCCGCAGAGUGA